GCUCCGCUUCACAGACCCAGGCUUAGAGAGAAGCUCCAGCAGGCCCCCGCGGCUCUCCCCGCCCCGUGACGGCAGCCAGCUGCCGGGCCAAGCUCCUCGGGGCCGCCUCGCGCGCCGUUUCGCCCCUCGGAGGCUUGCGACUCAGUAGAUGAGGCCGCUCGAACGGGGACGUCGAGGAGCUCCGGGGCCAGGCCGCGCGGCACGACCAACCUCCGCGAGCACACGACGCGCCGGGCAGCCGGGACCGAGUAUCCCAUCAAGAAGGAGGCAAAAGAAAAGAUUCAAAUGCACAUCAAUAGACUCCUAGAUGCUGGAAUCUUAAAGCUGUGCCAAUCACCUUGGAACACUCCACUCUUGCCUGUCCAAAAGCCUGGUACUUCUGACUACAGGCCUGUCCAAGACCUCUGAGAGGUAAACAAAAGAACUGGGACUGUACACCCCACUGUGCCAAAUCCCUAUACCCUGCUAAGCCUCCUGCCCCCACAACAACAAGUCUAUACUGUGCUGGACUUCAAAGAUGACUUCAGUCUGCCAUUGGCUGAGAUGAGUCAGCCCCUUUUUGCUUUUGAAUGGGUGGACCCUAAAGGAGGGUACUCGGGAAAACUGACCUGGACAAGACUGCCACAAGGGUUCAAAAAUGCUCCCACUCUGUUUGAUGAGGCUCUAAAUAGGGAUUUGGCUCCGUUCAGAGCAUCUCAUCCUGAGGUGACCCUUCUCCAGUAUGUAGAUGACCUCCUAGUAGCGGCUGAUGAUCAGGACACCUGUAUGGCAGCUACUAAAGACUUGUUGAGACUGUUACAGAAACUGGGAUAUCGAGUGUCAGCCCAAAAGUUCCAGAUCUGUGCUUCCCAGGUCACUUAUCUUGGGUAUGAAAUUGACGGGGACACUCAACAAUUGUCCCAGAGAUGGAAAAAAGCUAUAUUACAGAUCCCAACACCCACCACAAAAACACAGGUGCGUGAGUUCCUGGGAACUGCUGGCUACUGCCAACUCUGGAUUGUAGGGUUUGUGGAGAUCACAAAGCCUUUAUAUGCAGCCACAGCCAGAGGGAACACAACCUUAGUAUGGACAGAGAAUGAACAGAGGGUGUUUGAGACCUUAAAACAAGCCCUUGUUCAGGCACCAGCUUUGGCUCUCCCAGAUAUCGGAAAGCCUUUCCAAUUGUUCGUGGCUGAAAAAGACAGAGUGGCAAAAGGGGUCCUCAAACUUUAGGACCCUGGAAAAGACCCGUGGCUUAUUUGUCUAAAAGACUUGAUCCUGUGGCUGCUGGCUGGCCACCCUGUCUCAGAGCCAUCGUGGAGACAGCCCUCCUCAUAAAGGAGGCAGACAAACUAAGCUUGGGAUAGGGGCUCAUGAUCAGCAAGCCACAUACAGUCUCCUCCAUGCUACGAGGAGGCUCUGAGUGUUCGAUAUCAAAUGCUAGACUGACUCAAUAUCAGGCACUCCUGAUUGACCACCCCCAGAUCAAGUUCACAGAAGCCACUACCCUAAACUCUGCAACCCUGCUGCCAGCCUCAGACACGACAACUCUGCUACAUGACUACCAGGAGACCCUCCAGGAUAUAACUGUGACCAGGCCCGAUUUGCAGGAUAUGCCCCUGGAGGACCCUGAGGAGACAUUCUUCAUGGGUGGGAACAGCUUCAUCGAACAAGGAGUCAGGUAUGUGGGGGCAGCGGUGGUAGAUGGCCAGGGAGUAACGAGAUGGGCCACUGCCCUAGGCCUUGGAACUUCCACCCAAUGAGCAGAGCUGAUAGCCCUCACUCAAGCCUUAAACCUGGGUGAGGGAAAGGUUGUUAAUAUCUACAUGGACAGUCGGUAUGCCUUUGCAACUGUACAUGUUCAUGGAGAGAUAUAUAAACAAUAGGGUCUGCUCACAUCAGGAGGAAAGGACAUCAAAAAUAAACAUGAGAUCCUAGCUUUACUAGAAGCCGUAUGGAAGCCUAAAUCAGUGGCUAUAAUACAUUGCAAGGGACAUCAGAGGCCUGACACACCAGAGGCUAUAGGAAAUCAAAAGGCUGAUCUAGCUGCUAAACUGGCUGCUGAAAACCAGUGGGGAUGGCCCCUACCCUGCUCCUUAAAGGUUUUUCCUAGCUGCUGACUAAGCGACUAAGCCACAUUACUCAUCAGAGGAAGAGGAACAAAAUGCCCAGGUGGGAGCUAUAAAAGAUAAAAAUGGAUGGUGGCGUCAUCCCGACAGCCAAGUUUGCUUGCCUCAGGCCCUUGGCCAAAAGCUAAUUCAACAAAUACACCAGUUUACUCACCUUGGAGAAAGGAAACUCAGACAACUAGUGAGCUCCAGGUUUUUGACUCCGAGACCUGCUGUCAUGGUCCAAGAUAUCUGUUCUAGGUGCCAGACAUGUGCCCAGAUAAAUGCCAAGUCAACAUCCACAGGUGAGGGAGCCCGAUGCCGAGGUGAGCAUCCCGGGGAAUUUGGGGAAUUGGAUUUUACUGAAGUCAAGCCCAGCCACGGAUAUAGGUACCUGUUGGUUUGGGUAGAUACUUACUCUGGAUGGGUAGAAGCCUUCCCUACUAAUGUAGAGAUAGCUACAAUAGUCAGCAAAAAGUUGUUACAGGAGCUCAUCCCCCGAUUUGGCCUCCCCCAUACUCUGGGGUCUGACAAUGGCUCGCCCUUUAUGGCUAAGGUAUCCCAAUUGGUGACCAAGGCCCUUAACAUUGAUUGGAAACUUCAUUGUGCCUAUCAGGCACAAAGUUCAGGGCAAGUGGAAAGGAUGAAUCAAACAUUAAAGGAAACAUUAACUGUUUUGGAGACUGGAGGAAGCUGGCCAGACCUUCUCCUGCUGGCCCUCUUGUGAACUAGAUGCACUCCUUAUAUAGAAAAGUUAACUCCUUAUGAAAUCAUGUUUGGGAGACCAUCUCCCUUACUACCCAGGGUAAAUUUGGAAAAUGUAUCAGAAUGUGAAAAUCAUACUUUGUUAAAUUCUUUAAAAGCCCUCCAGGUAAUCCAACAGGAACUGCGAAAUUGAGUUCAGGAGGCUAGGCCGGCCCCUCAACCUGAUGUCACCCACCAUAAAUUUCAGUCUGGAGAUCUGGUGCUGGUAAAGAGACAUUCGUCUAAGGUUCUGAAGCCACAUUGGGAGGGACCUUUCCAGGUGAUCUUGAUGAUGCCAUCCACCGUAAAGGUCAUGGGAAAAACACUGUGGAUACAUCACUGCCACAUCAAAGCGGCUCCUGAGGACACCCCGGAGGACAAAUGGAGGGUCAUCAGCCAACCAGGUGACAAAAAGUUAAGACCGGGACGAGUUGGAAAUACAUCACCUUCUUGUUAAUGCUGGAAUGUGUGAGAAGGCAACGGCUGGGAUGACUGCCCCAGUGGGAGGAAUGACAGCUCUGGGAAACUGACACGGGACACAUACAUAGACAGGUAAAGUUUGGGCCAGACCAAAGUGAUCUAAAGUUUAAAAAUGUGUCUCUUUGCCAACUGUUCUGUCCCCACUGGAAACCCACAAGUGCAACCUACAGAAAUGUAAUGUGGUCCGUGAUAAAUACUCUGGGUAAUCUGGCUGCCUCAGCUGAUAGCCUGUCAUUUUAUUGUUGCAGUUCAGCUGGCCCUUCAAAGUGUCAGGGAAGGCCCCCUUACUGUGCUGAGUGGGGUUAUGAGUCAGUUUUGGCUUAGAAAAAUGAUGGUAAAUGGAUAGACAUAAAUGCAAAUCCUAUAAAAUAUAUUCAUGAUUCCUUUUGGACUCUCCCUCUCUAUUCUAAUAAAAUGUUCUUAGAUUCAAAUAAAAAUUUUAUAAGGUCCAAGAGGUAAAAAGGGAAACUGAUGGAUUACUUUUGUUGGGAAUAAUAAUGUUUACUAUAUUGACCCAUAAUUCAACUUUUAUUAUGAUCAUUAUUUUUAAGUCACUAUUUUCUGAAACAUUGGCAAUAUUACCCCCAAAACAAUUGGACCUUACUGGUAAUGUUUGGAUUCAGCUGGCACAAUCACUUAAUUUGUCUGAGUUCUGUUUAAAUGUAGAUAUAAAUUUACAUUAUGUAUUAGGGAGUUGUCUCAUCCUGGUGUGCACUCCCUUGAGUCUGAUACAACCUUAUACUCUGUUUAAAGACAUCCCAGGAAAAAAUCUUACAUAUGAAGAUAGUUACAAUUGGGGGAACCCCCUCUUAUUCUAAACCAAAAAAUGCUAUUAAGUUAUACACACCUCAGAUGAUUACGUUAAACAAUAUACAAUGUGCUGUAUUUAAAAAUUGUACUACAAAAUGUCUAAGAUUAAAAAGGUCAGAAAAAAUGACCUGUUAUGAGGAACAAAAAAUCAUAUAUAGUGAUGGUCAUGUGCCUUUACCAUCAGGAUGGUUUUAUACAUGUGAAGGAGUAAUGUUUAAUUAUAUCCCUGCCUACUUGUCUGAGACUCGGUGCUGCCUAAUUCACUUGGCCAUAAUAUUGCCAGAUCAAACUGAUUUGAUAGUGCCCAAAAGAAUUAAACAUUGGUCACCCUAUAUUGAACCAGGAUGUGAUGAUGAUGUAGGUCUCUUGACAGAUCCUCAAGUGAUACCUAUGAUAGUAUCUGUGCUUGCUCAGCCUGCCACAGGAAUUCAUGCAGAAAAGGUGGUACAAAAAUUGUCGUGCAAGGUGGUCAAAGGUCUAAAUGCUACCUCAUCUGCCUUGGCAUUAAUUAAUCAGGAGUUACAAGAAGACCAACAGGCUAUGCUAGACAACAGGGCAGCAAUAGAUUACUUGCUCUUGUUCCAUCAUCUAGGAUGUGAAAAAAUAAAAAAUAUGUGCUGUUUUAAUAUGACUGACAAUAGCCCAGGGAUUCAGGAAAAAAUAAAACAAUCAGAAGAAUUGACAGAGAAAAUACAUAAUGAAAAAUUAGGAUGGGAUUUGUUUCAAUGGUUAAUUCAAUGGUUGCCUAAUAUGCAAUGGUUAAAACAGCUUUUUCUUGUAGUCAUAAUUGUAAUCAUAUGUUUGUUGUUAUCAUGUUGUGGCAUACAAUGCCUACCUUACUGUAUGUACUCUCAGCGGUUCAUAGAUUAUUAAAUUUGACGAUUAUGGUGCUGAAUCAAAUGUAUAAACCCUUGCCUGAAAAAAUAUGACAGACAUAAAUCAAAGGUUUGAGUUUGUACAAAAACCAGUGGGGAAUGUGAGACCAAAAGUGAACCUAAGUAAUGCCAUCUUGGCCUAUGAGUGAACUCCCCUCAUACCCCUCCCCUUACAGAAUGCUGGAAUUCUCCUAAAGAUGUAUUUUUGUAACUGCCCUUCUAAUCGCUGGCUCUGCUUCUGUAGAUAUGCUUUAUCAUUCUCUGGGAACAGAUGGUGCCUGGUGCCUCCCUGUAACCACUGAACCCUGUAGCCACAGAAUGUCCUAUCUUGACAAGAUAGGAGGGUUGAAAAGAAGCUGGGUUGUGAAAGAUAUUUUGCAGCCGGUUGAAGAACAUGUUGACCUCUGCCUGAACUUCUUUGAGUUACCUAUAAAAGCUGUGCUGUCCCCUGCUUCUGGGCUUUACUCCUUUUAGAGGGUGGAGUCCACGAAUGUGAAUAAACUCCUUUCAGUUUUAACUUUG